GUGUUACACGGCGCUGCUGUGUAUUAGUCUAUUCCAGUAGAUGGUAUAGAGGGUCAUUUUCCCCCACUAUGGCCGCCCUGGGCGCCUGCGCAGUGCGGCUCCUAAUCCUGUUGCUUGUCUCUGGUUAUGUUACAGAUGGAGAAGCAGCUCCUUGUAGGAAGCGAAGUCUGCAGCAGGACCCUAUAACAGGCGGUAUGAAUGUACUUUUGCUAAUUGUGGAUGAUCUGCGGACGAGCCUUGGCUGUUACGGUGAUGGCCUUGUGAAGUCUCCUAACAUUGAUCAGUUGGCUUCUCAGAGCGUUGUAUUUACUAAUGCUUAUGCCCAGCAAGCAGUGUGUGCUCCCAGCAGAGUAUCUUUCCUUACGGGAAGGAGGCCGAACACAACCAGGUUGUUUGACUUUAAUUCCUACUGGAGAAAGCAUGCCGGGAACUACUCCACUCUUCCGCAGUACUUUAAAGAACAUGGCUAUGAAGCUCUGUCAGUGGGUAAAGUGUUCCAUCCAGGUAUUUCAUCCAAUCACUCGGACGAUUACCCAUACAGCUGGUCAAUACGUCCAUAUCAUCCUUCUUCUGAAAUGUAUGAAAACAAAAAGAACUGUAAGGGUGAAGAUGGCAAGCUACAUGCAAACCUAGUAUGUCCAGUGGACGUCUCUGAAGUUCCAGAAGGAACGUUACCUGAUAUACAAAGCACAAAAGAAGCAAUACGACUCUUGAGAACCGUCAAAAAGAAUAAUUCUUCUUUCUUUCUUGCCGUUGGCUACCAUAAACCACACAUUCCAUUUCGAUUUCCAAAAGAGUUCCUAAAGCUAUAUCCCAUUGAAAAUGUUUCUCUGGCACCUGACCCAUACAUUCCAAAGAACCUUCCUCUGGUUGCCUACAACCCGUGGACAGAUAUUCGGAAACGUGAAGAUGUACAGGCAUUAAAUAUCAGUUUUCCAUUUGGUCCUAUACCUAAAAAUUUCCAGCUUCAGAUCCGCCAGAGCUACUAUGCUUCCGUUUCUUACAUGGAUUCCCAGAUUGGGGAGCUGCUGGAUGAAGUGGAGAACUUAGAACUCUUAAACAACACCGUUAUUGUAUUCGUCUCUGAUCACGGUUGGUCUUUAGGAGAGCAUGGCGAAUGGGCAAAGUACAGCAAUUUUGAUGUAACUACACGUGUGCCACUAAUGUUUUAUGUACCUGGAGUGACAAGCUCCCACCAACCCAGCUUUAAAUACAUAGACCCUUUUAGCAACGAUUUAGGUCGCAAAUAUCCAGGUGUAUUGCGCAACGUUCCUGUGGAACUGGUGUCCUUGUUUCCAACCAUUGCUGAUCUUGCCAGACUUCCGGUGCCUCCAGUAUGUCCUCAACGAUCCUUUGAUGUAGAACUGUGUACAGAAGGACACAGCAUUGCCCGAUACAUCCACACACCAAUACCUAAGGAUGAAGACAUUGCAAACGUUGCUGCCCACAGCAGUUAUCCCAGACCUUCUGACAAACCCCAGCAGAAUUCUGAUUUGCCAGACCUUGAAAGCAUAACAAUAAUGGGAUAUUCUUUAAGAACACUGGAUUAUAGGUAUACAGUGUGGGUCGGUUACAACCCUGUUACAUUUGAGGCUAAUUUUACGGACAUCCACGCAGAAGAACUUUAUCUUGUCAAGACCGAUCCAAAUCAAGACAACAACUUAUUUAAUAAGUCAGCGUAUUAUGAGAUUGCUAGAAAACGUUUUGGCUUCAAGCACUGAUUACAAGUGUAAAUGUGUGCUUCGGACGUAAUAUAACCUUUAUACUUUUUUCAUUAUACUGGAUAAAUGUGCAUUGCUUUCCAAACAUUGUACCAGAAUCUGUUUUAUAAAUAUUU